UUAGUGACCACCUACCUAUAAAAAACAAAAAUGCUACCCUUCCCCUUCAAACCGACUUCUGACCUGCAGUCAUAAUUCAAAACUUACAAUGCUAGUUACAAUGUUUAAAAUUAUACUUGUGGUAAUUUUCUGCUCUGCAGUGAGAAUUGCGUGUGGAGAGGAAUCGAGUGGACCGCAACAAAUAAGUACCACUGCCAAAUAUCAUGAUGGUAACAACUGCGAGUGCUCCGUUUUUAACACCUCGGAGCCGUGCCCGGAUCACACAGCAAUCAUGAUUGAAAGCGUCCUCCAGGUCGAGUGCAACGAAGAAGGCAAAGCCACCUGCACCGACAUGUGCAAAGCUUUGGCCCUUGCCGCGCACGAUAAGUCGCCCAAAAUCCUUUGCAGUCAUUUGGGAGACUACAACAAUUUAGAGGUUUUUCUGCACAGCCGCAUUUGUGGUUCCGAGUGGCAAUACACCGGGCUGAACCGUGGCAAUCUGUGCUGUAAGAAAUCCGAAGUAGUCGAAUGCGUACACGAAAAUUAAAAGUUUAGCUUCAUAAAUGUAGUAUGUAUUAGUAGUUGUAGUGUGCUUAUUUUUGUAACUAGAUGAAUCAUAAAUGUUGAUGACGACCGGGCAAUGAAAAUGUACACGAUUUAAAAAAAUAUUAAAAUAUAGAGUGUAACUAUCA